AUGAAUUAUGUGGGUGAUCAUAUUGCUAAUCCUCUCUUUGACCCUUCAAUGGGAGGAUCUUCUGGUGCAAAAAAUGAAGAAGAAACAAGGAUUCAAGAACAGAAGGGCAGAGAAAAAUUAACCAUUGAGGAGCUUGAGACAAGGAUGUGGAGAGAUCGCAUGUUGUUAAAGAAGCUUAAGGAAGAGAGGAGAGUGAAAGAGAAGGGGCAAUCAUUGGAGCAGCUGAAAAAGAAGACAAUGUCUCGUGCACAAGAAAGUAUCCUAAAGAACAUGCUCAAGAUGAUGGAGGUUUGUGAUGUUCGAGGUUUUGUUUAUGGCAUCAUUCCUGACAAAGGCAAGCCACUCAGUGGAGCUUCUGAUAACCUUCGUGGUUGGUGGAAGGAAAGGGUCAAGUUUGAUCGUAAUGGUCCUAUUGCAAUCAACAGGUAUGAUGAAGAAAUUGGACUUCAGGAAAUGAAUGAGACAAUGAGUGGAGACUCAUCGUGUGCAUACUCAUUGCAUGAUCUUCCAGACACAACUCUUGGGUCACUCUUAUCGUGUCUGAUGCAGCAUUGUGAUCCACCGCAGAGGAGGUUCCCGUUGGAUAGGGGUGUUAUUCCUCCAUGGUGGCCCACUGGGAAUGAGGAGUGGUGGCCUGAUUUGGGCUUCUCAAUGGCCCCAGGCCCACCUCCAUAUAAGAAGCCCCAUGAUCUUAAGAAGGUUUGGAAGCUGUGUGUGCUCACUGCUGUGAUCAAGCAUCUGUCCCCAGACAUAGCCAAAAUACAAAACAUUGUGCGUCACUCUAGGACCCUUCAGGACAAGCUCACUGCUAAGGAAACUGCUAUUUGGAUGGCUGUUAUAAAACAUGAGGAAUUGCUGGCUAAGAACAUGUUUCAACCUUCACAAGAUGCACCGCUCACAACAAGGCCUAAUGAAGCAAAUAAUCAUGAAACUGAAGGCAACGGUGGUGCUAAAAGUAUUGUGGGGGAGAACAAUAUUAGCCCCCCAGUACCAACCAGCAAUAUUCAUAUUGAUACUGCUAGUGAUAAUAAUAACAAUGAUAACAAUAAUAAUAUGCUCCCAAUGAACCACAAUAACCUUGUGACAUCAGAACAUGCUGCUAAUAAGAGAAAGGCAGAGCUUAUUCAGAGUAUAACAAUUCCUCAUGAGGCUUAUUCUUGCCAUAACCCUCACUGCCCCUACCAUGAGAACAGCAUUGGGUUCAGUGACAGGAAUUCAAGGAACAAUCACCAGCUCACAUGCACAUCCACAGCCAAUAGUAAUAGCAGUGUCCAAAUGGUUGGAGUUGGAUGGUCAAAGUCAGUGUCUCAGCUUGGAAGUGGCAACAAUUCCGAAAUUGGGCCUAUUGGUCAACAUUCUAGGCACACUGCAGCACCAGCUGUGAAUCAAAAUCACACUCUUUCCGCUUUCAGUGGUAAUUCAAGGGAAAUGGGCUCUGAUUUGAUGGACAUAUACACUGCAGGACUACAGCAGAAGAACAAUAAUGUUUCUGUGGGAGCCAACAAAAACCAGGAGGUGCAAAAUUUUGAGACUGAGAUGGACAAGAAUUUGUUUGGUGAACGGGUUGGUGGUGUCAAUGGAUACAACUACAAGAUGGCUUCUGCUGAAGUGUCCAACUUUCCAGUGCAUGCAAACGUGUCCACAUCAUCCUUAGAUCCCCUUUUUGAUUUGGAUGCAUUUGGUACCCAUUAUGAUAAUGGUGCUACAUUCAACCAUCCAUUUAUGGACUCUCCCUUGGGGCAGGACUUCCUUUGGCUAUGA